CCUCACUCACUCUCUCUCUACUCUGCUCACCAUCCCAAACAGCUCCCUCUCCCUCCCUCUCUCUCUCUCUCUCUCUCUCUCUCUCUCUCCCCCUUCUGUUUCUCUCUCUAAACCUCCGUUGAUUUGCAGAGGUCUUCACGAAGGGAGAAGAAGAAGGAAAGAAGGAGACUGAGCCCUUUACUGGAAGCUCACCCGCUAUUCCAUAUCAGGGAACAAGGGCGAAAAUGCGCCUUCUACUCCUCCUCUUCCUCCUCCUCCACCUCCACAUCCACCUCUCCUCCGCCGCCGCCGCCGGCCACAUCCCGGAGCUCCGAGGGCUCCUCUCCAUCAAGUCCUCCCUCGUCUUGGACCCCGUCUCGGAGCAGCCUCCCCUCGCUGGGUGGAACUCCUCCGUCUCCCACUGCCUCUGGUCCGGCGUCACUUGCAGCCCCCGCACCGGCCACGUGACCGCCCUCGACCUCUCCGGCCUCAACAUCUCCUGCCCCAUCCCGCCCCAGAUCUCCUCCCUCUCCGCCCUCCGCUACCUCAACCUCUCCAACAACCUCUUCAACGAGUCCUUCCCCGCUCAGCUCGCCGUCCUCAAGAUCCUCCAGGUCCUCGACCUCUACAACAACAACAUGUCGGGACCACUCCCCCUCGUCGUGACCCAAAUGCCGGCCUUGCGCCACCUCCACCUCGGUGGGAACUUCUUCAACGGCGGUAUCCCGCCGGAGUACGGCCAGUGGAAGUUCCUGGAGUACCUCGCCGUUUCGGGGAACGAGCUCAGCGGGGCCAUUCCCCCCGAGAUCGGGAACUUGACAAAACUGAAGGAGCUCUAUGUCGGUUACUACAACAGCUACGAAGGUGGCCUGCCGCUGCAGAUUGGGAACUUGUCGGAGCUGGUUCGACUCGACGCAGCCAGCUGCGGGCUCUCAGGCGAGAUUCCCGUUGAGAUCGGGAAGCUUCAGAAGCUGGACACUCUGUUCCUCCAAGUGAAUUCCCUCUCGGGUCCACUGACCCGUGAACUCGGCCAACUGAGCAGCCUCAAAUCGAUGGACCUCUCCAACAACAUGCUCUCUGGGGAGAUACCAGAAUCGUUCUCGCAGCUAAAGAACCUGACUUUACUCAACUUGUUCCGCAACAAGCUUCAUGGGUCGAUCCCCGACUUCAUGGGAGACCUUCCCCAGCUUGAGGUCUUGCAGUUGUGGGAGAAUAACUUCACGGGUAGCAUCCCCGUUGGGUUGGGAAAGAAUGGGAAGCUUCAGCUCCUCGACCUGUCUUCGAACAAAUUGACGGGCACUCUGCCUCCUGAUUUGUGCAAUGGGAACAAUCUCCAAACACUCAUCACUCUAGGGAACUUCUUGUUCGGACCAAUCCCAGAGUCCUUGGGGAGGUGCCAGUCCCUAAGCAGGAUCCGAAUGGGUGAGAACUUCCUAAAUGGGUCGAUCCCGCAAGGGCUUUUCGGCCUUCCGAAGCUGACCCAAGUUGAGCUGCAAGAUAAUAUGCUUGCUGGGGAGUUCCCAGUGACUGACUUGGUUGCAGUUAAUCUUGGUCAGAUUAGUCUCUCGAACAAUCAGCUGAGUGGGUCUCUGCCUCCUAGUAUCGGCAACUUCUCUGGAGUUCAGAAGCUUCUCCUUGAUGGUAACAGGUUCUCGGGCCAAAUCCCGCCUCAGAUUGGGAAACUGCAGCAGCUCUCAAAGAUGGAUUUUAGCCACAACAAGUUCUCUGGCCAGAUUGCUCCUGAGAUAAGCCAGUGCAAACUCUUGACUUUUGUUGAUCUGAGCCGAAACAAUCUCUCAGGGGAGAUUCCAAAUGAGAUUACCAGCAUGAGGAUCUUGAACUAUCUAAAUCUUUCAAAAAACCAUCUCGUUGGGAGCAUUCCUGCAUCAAUAUCAAGCAUGCAAAGCUUAACAUCUGUGGACUUCUCGUACAACAACCUCUCGGGAUUGGUCCCAGGCACGGGACAGUUUAGCUACUUCAACUAUACCUCAUUCCUGGGCAACCCAGCCCUCUGCGGACCAUACCUUGGUCCCUGCAAGGAUGGGGUUGCCAAUGGCACCCGCCAGCCACAUGUGAAGGGCCCCCUCUCCGCCUCUCUGAAACUGCUGCUUGUGAUCGGGCUCCUCAUCUGCUCGAUAGCCUUUGCUGUAGCAGCCAUUAUCAAGGCUCGGUCCCUCAAGAAAGCCAGUGAGUCCAGAGCCUGGAAGCUCACAGCCUUCCAGCGGCUUGACUUCACCUGCGAUGAUGUCCUUGAUUGCCUGAAAGAGGAUAACAUCAUCGGAAAAGGUGGGGCAGGGAUUGUCUACAAAGGCGGCAUGCCCAACUGCGAUCAGGUAGCAGUAAAAAGAUUGCCUGCGAUGAGCCGAGGAUCUUCCCACGAUCAUGGGUUCAAUGCAGAGAUUCAAACUCUAGGGAGGAUCAGGCACCGACACAUCGUGAGGCUACUGGGCUUCUGCUCAAACCACGAGACAAACCUCCUCGUGUACGAGUACAUGCCCAAUGGGAGCUUAGGAGAAGUUCUCCAUGGCAAGAAAGGUGGGCACCUCCUCUGGGAGACAAGGUACAAGAUUGCCGUGGAGGCUGCUAAGGGGCUCUGCUACCUCCACCAUGACUGCUCACCUCUGAUCGUCCACAGAGACGUGAAGUCGAACAACAUCCUCCUGGACUCCAACUUUGAGGCCCACGUGGCCGAUUUUGGCCUUGCUAAGUUCCUCCAAGACUCGGGCACUUCCGAGUGCAUGUCUGCCAUUGCCGGUUCUUAUGGUUACAUCGCACCAGAGUAUGCAUACACCCUAAAGGUGGACGAGAAGAGCGAUGUGUACAGCUUCGGGGUGGUACUGCUCGAGCUCGUGAGCGGCAGGAAGCCCGUCGGGGAGUUCGGGGACGGAGUCGACAUAGUCCAGUGGGUCCGCAAGAUGACCGACUCGAGGAAGGAAGAGGUCGAGAAAGUCCUCGACCCGAGGCUCCCGUCGGUCCCGCUCCACGAGGCCAUGCAUGUGUUUUACGUCGCCAUGCUGUGCGUGGAGGAGCAAGCCGUGGAGCGGCCCACGAUGAGGGAGGUUGUGCAGAUCCUCACUGAGCGGCCCAAACCGCCCGCCACCGGGAAAACCGGGGAUUCCGACUCUCUGCAGGGCUCAGCCACGCAGUCCCCAUCGAAGGAUCACCAGCAGGCGCCCCCACAGUCCCCGCCGCGCGAUCUCCUUAGCAUUUAAACUUGUUUUUGGCUUUCUACUUGAAGGGUGUCUCAAGUUUAAGGAUCUCGGUUAAUUUCAGGGGGAGGGGGGGGUUUAGGUUUGUGUUUGAUCUAUCUGGUGCUUUUUUUUUUUUUAAAAUUAAAAUUUCUUCCGGAGAUGAUGGGUUUGGUCUUUAGCUAACUUUGAGACAGUGGGCGGGGGAGAAGUGAUGUUAAGCUUUUAAGUUAAUGGAAGGUAAGGGUGUUUGAUGAAGGGAUAUCUGUGUACAGUAGGGGAUUGGUGGGGUAUUUUUAUUUCUUUCAGUGAUAAAUCUUGUCUUCCUCCA